AUGGUGAUGACCUUGGACAGUCCGGUUCAAAGAACCUUUUUUCUGAUUGCCUGGAGUAUGAAUUCAUCAGGUAAUGUGAGCGAAGUUUUUGAGCUCCCGUUGUACAAUAAACAGACCAGAAUCAUCUGCAUGGCGAUCAUUUUCAUCCUGGCUUUGAUAGGAAACCUGUCAGUGCUGCACAAGAUCUGUUGCAGCAAAAGCAGGAGGCGGAAAAUUGAUUUCCUCAUCACUAACCUGGCUAUGGCGGACCUCUGUGUCUCUAUCCUUACCCUGCUGACUCAGAUCAUUUGGGUGGUGUUGGAAAACGAAUGGCUGGCUGGAGAUCUCGCGUGCAGAUUUUUCAAAGUUUUCCAGGUUUUUGGUCUGAUUGCUUCAUCCAGCAUCAUAGCACUUAUCGCGUUGGAAAGGCACCACGUAAUAGUCAACCCACUGGACCCUCCUCUCCCUACCAAGAUUUUGACUGCCAUAUCUUGGUUCUGUGCUUUUGUGCUUUCCGUCCCCCAAGCCUUUGUCUUCAAACUGUCAUUACAGGAAGACAAAGAGAAAUGCCAAUGCACGUUUGGGCACCUACCCAAAUGGCACUUCCAGAUGUAUAUCAUAUUCGGAGCUGUUACUGUCUUCUUUGCUCCCUUUUGUAUCCUGUGCGUGGCAUACACAAGAAUUCUCUGGACCAUCUGGAGGAAGGAGCAGCACAUCGAAAACUGCAAAGCAAGUAAAAACGCUGACCAGGGGCAACAGAGGAGACCAAUACGAAUAAUCGCUGCUAACAGCUCCAUCCCAAGAGCCAAGGUGAAGACACUAAAGAUGACCCUCGUGAUUAUCAUACUCUUUAUAGUCUGCGGGUUACCUUAUUUUAUCAUGGAGAUGAAAGUUGCCUUCGGGGCCAUCACUGAGACAGACACCAAGGCGAUUGCAGUCCUGGGAAUCUUUGUGGUUUCCAACAGUGCCGUCAACCCAUAUGUCUACCUAUUCUUCAAGACCAACAAUACCUACUUGAGACGACUGGAGAAGAACGUGUGCUUCGCCUGUCUGAAAGAUUACAGAGAGAAUACAUUUCACAGAGAGCUGUACGCAGUUGGGAAACGAGUAGAGCUCUCCAGCAGCACCACAUCUGAAGCAGACACCACCAUCCACGCAGUACCUCCGUCUCCCAACAGCAAGCCCGCAUCCUGUGAUAAUUCUAUCUAA